UGAUCGGAAUUUCCGGGUUUUUUAAAACAUCAUUUUCUUACGCAAUUUUUUUCUAAUUUAACCGAAUGCAUUCUUAUCUUGGACACCCUGUAGAAUUUUUCUUUUGCCGGAAAUGCAAAACGUAAUUAAUAGAUAAACGGAGGAGAUUUACCGGUAGUUACAGAGAGAGUUUUUCACAUUCGAUCUUGUUAGUUACUUGCCAUGCCCCGAGGGAAAAAUUAAUAAGAAAAAGUGCAACGUUUGCGGAAAGACCGCACUAGGAAUAUCGCGAAUUUGCACAACGUAACCGAGUUUCCCGAUUAUAGUCAUAAAAACCAAUCCGCGAAUUAUCUCAAAUGAACCGGUCUUGUCAAGGUUACUAUUACGUUCUUAUAAAUUCGAAAUUAAGCAGCAUCAACGAAUUAAUCACCGAGAUGUCUCUCAAAGCGCUUGUCGUAUGGGUCGUAUUAGACAUAACUGUGCAGACACUAUCAGAAACCGAUCUGUUACCAUCACGGGCGUACUGCGGGCUCCAACACUCAGACGAUUACGUGCGGGACAACCCCGGAAUUUCCCUUGACGAAUUUCCAUGGAUUGCGCAGUUGGUGUACAAGGAUAAUACCGUGAAAUGUGCCGGAUCUUUGAUUAACCAUCGCUACGUACUGACGGCCGCACACUGUCUGAUAUCCCGCUAUUCCCGAUUAACAGGGAUCCGGUUAGGUGACUAUGAUGUAACGACAGAUAAGGAUUGCGUUAAUGGGACUCGAUACGGUGUAGAAUGUAGCGAUCCGGUUGAGGAAGUCGGUGUGGAAAAGCUGUCCGCGCAUCCAGGAUAUCGCCCCCGGUCCGGUGAAAACGAUAUUGGACUGAUCCGCCUCUCCAGAGAGAUAAACUAUUCAGAGUUCAUACGUCCAAUAUGUCUUCCGGAGGCGGCCAACCAAGAUUUAAAACACGGAGUGCGACUGGCUUCGUGCGGUUGGGGACUCACGACGUACGAGGGAGAAACGACCAAAGUAAAAAAGAAGAUUUCGGCGCAUUUACUUCCUCUAGACACGUGUACUAUACUUUUUAAUCAUAGCAGCAAGGUGAUCACCGCUAACCAUUUGUGCGUGUCAGAGGAACUUGAAGGUUUUACUUGCCAAGGUGAUAGCGGAGGUCCGUUAAUGUUAUCCGUUAAGAAUCAGUGGGAUGGUGUUGGCUUGGUUUCCUUUGGUUAUCCUUGUGGAACCGAUUAUCCUGCUGUCUAUACAAAAGUAUCCGGUUAUCUAGAUUGGAUUAAACAAACUAUUUACAAAUAGGUAGUAGUUUGUUGUGAAAAUGACGUCUUUGUGUGUACACUGCAACUAUCAUUGAAAUAAAGGUCAUAUUUUAAAUACUA